AUGCCCCUCUUCAAAGCCCAAAUCACCAUGGACCGAGUCAUCAAGACUGCCGACCGCAUUCUUGAGCUCGUCUCUACCGCCGUCAUGACCUUGACAGGGUAUCUGAUAUCUUUCGCCCUGUCAUUCACCAUCAGCCGCGUCUUGCUCGUUUCCAUUCUUCUUCCGCUAUACCUGUGUAAGCUUGUGCUUACCCUCAUCCCAUCGAUUCUGCGAAAUGUAACCCAACUAUUUGCCCCGAAUGGCUGGAACCGGCUGGUCGAGAGCGCCGAGUCGUACAGAGCGCAGUCAGACUCGCUGGCUUAUGCACAACUGAACGGGUCCUACACAUUCAGACCCGACGAACUCUUCCACAUCCCAGAAAAAAGCCGGGGAUGGAUGGAGAAUGUCCCAUACGCAAACGAUACGCACUCGUUCACCGUCUGCGGAGCGACUGUCCGCUACAUCCACCUCAAGCCCAGCUACAGCAGUAUCCUGCAGGACGGGAAGAAGACGCAUCGGCCGAUUGUGCUGCUGCACGGAAACCCGAGCUGGAGUUAUAUGUGGCGGAAUGUGUUUCCCUCGCUGCUUGAGCAGGGACAUGAAAUUUAUGCGAUUGACUGGCUUGGCCAUGGACGAAGUGAUAAGAUUCUGAAGCCAGAGGCGAUUAGUUUUGAAUUGCAUGUUCGCACGCUCAUGGACUUCUUUGAGACGACGAACCUCGAGGAUGCGGUUAUUGCUGCGCAUGAUUGGGGCGGCUGCGUCGCCCUCUGCACCCUCCCCCGCCUCCCAACCUCGUCCUGUGAGAGCGUCUUCCUCCUCAACACCUUCUUACCCCCGCGUCUCAGCGACGCAACCCUGCACUACCGCCUGCUCAACCGCGCCUGGUAUUGCACAACGGGCCUGCUAAAGGGGUACACCCCCGAAUCCGCCGCCAUCCGCUUCAUAACCCCCACCAUCUCGCAAUCCGACGCCGAAGCCUACUCGGCGCCCUACAAGGGCCUGCCCCGCUCCGCGAAAUCCUCCAUUGAACGCUUUAGCCAUAUCACGCCUUCCCUACCAAGAGUCAUCCUCCACCGCGCCCGCAACCUCCAAGUUUGGAAACUCGCCGAAGGCCUCUGUGGCCCCUCGCACUUCGACACACUAAACACCCAAGCACGCCUCUCCGCGCAGGAUGAACUCGUCCGCAAAUUCUGGUCCUCGAAAGAGCAGGCGCAUGGCUUCGAAGUCGCCGUCAUCUUCGGCGACAAGGAUCCGCUCGUUCGUGAUUACAAGAAUGUCCUUGUCCGUGAGAUUGCGCCGGAACUCAUGGUCAAGUGGGCGCCGAGGGGACUGUGGAUUCCCGGUGCGGGCCAUAUGCCUACGGAGGACAGGGCGGGGGAUGUGGCGAGGUUGAUUGCAAGGUUUGCGAGAAAGGAGGAGGGGAAGAGUCAGAAGAGUCAGAAGAGUGAGGAGAGAGGGGUGGAGAGGGAGAAUGGGGAGGCUUCCUGA